AAAGUACCCACCUAAAAAUUUAAAAUCUGAAGCUCAAUUCCAAAGAAAGUUAUUUGAAAAAGUAAAGUGGGUGUUAGUUAAACAUGCUAUACAACCAAGAAAGCCAAUUUCAAAAAGCAAGCAAAAGUGA